AUGCCUUCUCCGCCACGUCCCCUUCUCCAAGGCGUGCCAGCACAAGCCCGAGGUCGAAGACGCAACAUUGAUACCUCUGAAGCCACAUUCUCCACUGAUAUCAGCAGUCGAAGCGCUUCCUUAGCUAUUGCCAUCCAGAAUGCGCUUACACUUGAGCAAAAGCUUGAACAAGAUGCGGCCGAGUGUACUACCGAGGUUGCGUUGCAAAGGAUGCUGUCCCUGCGAUCAGUCAUCUCAACAACAUCUUCAUUUGCGGAGCGUCAACAGGCUGCUGUGGACAGGCCUGUAGAGUUCCGUGGUAUUGGAAAAGGCUCGAUUGGUGUCAUUUCUGAGCAUCCAGGGACUACCCAUUGCUACAAGCUGGCUACUCUCGACAACUCGGACAAGCUUUGGAACAAUUACAGGAUUCACACCAAGGUCCAGGAGGCUUUCGAGAAAGCCAACAGCCUCAUCAAAGUCGACGUAGAGAUUCCCAAGAUGUUUUGGUUUGCCAACGCAAAGACUUCUAUCUUCUGGAAUGAGAACUUGGACGACUUCCCCUUCACGGACACGUUCCCCAAGAAGACUCGCGAUACACUAUGCAUGGAACGUAUGCGAUGGCGGUUCUACAUUGUGUAG